GGGCCGCGCUCUGCGCCUCCGCGCGGGCCGACCGGCAGAGGGCAGCGGCAGGGCGGCGUGACCGCGGGCCGGCGUCUGGGUCUGGGCGGCGAUGGAGCGCGCGGCGGCGGAGCCCUGGCGCGCCGAGCCCCAAGGUCCCGAGCCGACGGAGCAGCCGGGAGACGCCGGCACAGGUAUGGAGUGUGAGACUGUGGAGCUUUCCCAGCCUGAAGAGUUUGAACACACCCCACAGGAGGAUGACUUGAGUUUCAAGGAGGAGGAGGAUCUGGUCCCUGGUCACAAAGUAGGAGACGCCUCUCUCAAACCCGAUGGCUUCCAGGGCUGGGAUGAGUUAUGGCUCCAGAGAGAGGGACUAGGAAAGCAUUGGGACCGAGGUCCUCGACUCCUGGGAGAACCCCGCUGGGGCCAGACUAGUGACCGGGCUGCUGUGUGUGGUGAGUGUGGCAAAAGUUUUCGACAGAUGUCAGAUCUGGUGAAACACCAGCGGACCCACACAGGAGAGAAGCCCUACAAAUGUGGUGUCUGCGGGAAAGGCUUUGGGGACAGCUCUGCCCGUAUUAAACACCAGCGAACUCACAGUGGCGAGAAGCCCUACAGAGCCCGGCCAGCAGCCCAAGGCCCCCCCAAGAUUCCUCGGUCCAGGAUUCCUGCUGGUGAGCGCCCUACUAUCUGUGGUGAGUGUGGGAAGAGCUUUCGGCAGAGCUCUGACCUGGUGAAACAUCAGCGGACACACACGGGUGAGAAGCCCUAUAAGUGUGGCAUUUGUGGCAAGGGCUUUGGGGACAGCUCUGCCCGCAUAAAGCACCAGCGGACACACCGAGGGGAGCAAGCCCCUCGGCCUGUGGUACCUCGCCGGCAGACUUCUCGAGCAACCUCGGUGGCUACUCAGGGUCCCAAAGGUCAGGACAAGCCUUAUGUCUGCACUGACUGUGGCAAGAGAUUCGUGCUCAGCUGCAGCCUUCUGAGUCACCAGCGCAGUCACUUGGGACCCAAACCAUUUAGCUGUGAUGUGUGUGGAAAAGAGUUCGCCCGAGGCUCUGACCUGGUGAAGCACCUCCGGGUGCACACAGGGGAAAAGCCCUACCUCUGCCCCGAGUGUGGCAAGGGCUUUGCUGACAGCUCAGCCAGGGUCAAGCACCUGCGCACCCACAGCGGAGAGAGGCCUCACGCCUGCCCCGAAUGUGACCGAACCUUCAGCCUCAGCUCCACCCUGAUCCGACACCGCCUCACGCACGUGGAGCGCCAGGACUUCAGCUUCCCAGGCUACCCUCUGGCCCCCCUUGUCUCCAGCCCACCCCCCAGUUCAAGUCCCCCCCCACCUCCUCUUGGCACCAGCCCCCCACUCACCCCUCGAAGCCCUUCACACUCAGGUGAUGGGCCUUUUGGCCUGCCCAGGUUAGAGCCGGAGCCCGGGGGCCCACAGGCUGGGGAGCCACCUCCGCCACUGGCUAAUGACAAGCCCCAUAAGUGCCCUGAGUGUGGGAAGGGCUUCCGCCGAAGCUCGGACCUGGUGAAGCACCAUCGCGUGCACACGGGGGAGAAGCCCUACCUCUGCCCUGAGUGUGGCAAAGGUUUUGCAGACAGCUCAGCCCGGGUCAAGCACCUACGUACCCACCGUGGUGAGCGGGCACGGUCACCACCAGCAUCCACUCUCCUGAAGCCACAUAACUCCCCAGGUCCAGGCCCCGUGGCUCCUCCACCCCGAUCCCAGGCCCAGCACUCGGGACCCAGCCAGUCCCACAUGUGUGGCUUCUGUGGGAAGGAGUUCCCUCGGAGUUCCGAUCUGGUCAAACACAGGCGUACACACACGGGGGAGAAGCCGUACAAGUGUGCAGAGUGUGGCAAGGGUUUUGGGGACAGUUCAGCCCGAAUCAAGCACCAGCGCGGGCACCUGGUCCUGAGGCCCUUUGGGACUGGAGAUGAUCAAGUCAGUUCCCUCAAAGAGGAGCCCCCUGCAGGACUGGAGUGAUGGGGCCUGGAGGGUGGAAGAUCCAGAGACCAAAGGGAGGGGAUCUGUUGCUUAAGUGGAGAAGAAAGGGCCUGGGGGGUGGGGGAGGGAGAAGGGGGAGAAGGGAGAAUGGAGUGACUAGAUAGAAAUAGAUUGGAAAGG